AAGACAAGUGUUAGUCCACUUUUCUUAGUGCCGUAUGUUGUACGGUGAUCUAUAGUGAAAAUAAAAAUAUUUAAAUAGGCUGUACGAAAAUUAAAGUUGUUCUAGAAACUCUUGUGUUGAUGGUGGAAUAUACAACAAUGAAUUUCUAUCAAUAUGAUUACAUGGAAAAAGAUAUUGAUACUUCUCUGCAUCUAUUAUAGAAAUGCUGCUAGUCUGGCUGGAAUGACUGUAAACUUCUGAACAAGCUUCUAGUUCAACACUAAAGGCAUUGGAUACACCCUGGUUAACCUUCCAUUUUAUUUUUAUGUAUUUUUCUUAUAUUGUUCAAAGGUGUAAAGAAGCUACAUAUAGCUUUUUUUGUAUAUGAAAUGAAAGAUUUAUUAAAUGACCAUUUUAUAAUAUUUUUACUUCAAAAUUUGAAAAUGUUAUACCAUAUAUCAAAUGCAAUUGGACAUAACAAGCUUUAACAAAAUCACUUGAUACUUUGAAUCAAGUGAACUUCCUAAUCUUCAUUAAUAUUCUGACUCAUUAUGGGAAAUGGCAGUAUCAGCAAGUGGGUUCAAGACACGAUGGUGUCGACGAUACAGACCGUUUUUCAUCAUAGUUGGAAUUAUCCUUGUUGUUCAAGGAUUUCUUGCAUACAGCUUUUACACCAUCUUCGGAGUGGUAGAAGAUGAUUUACAAUGGAGAGGAAAAUUGGAUAGAAGUAGAGAAAAUGCUCAGCUAACUGAUCAACAGACCAAGCAGCAAUCCCAGUCACAACAGUUUGAUGACUAUGUGGUAGAUGAUGAAGAUUCGCCCAGUAAUAUCUGGGAUAAGCCCGUUAAAGACAGUAGUAACCGACACGGUGACCUUAAAGCAGCAGAGCAAGGCAAACUUCAAAGUGAAGUUAUUGUUCCUAAUGCAGAGAAUUUAUUAUUUCAGAAAAGUAAAGCUGAUGGACUAGAGUCAAACAACUUAAUAGUGUCUAAGGAACCUAGUGGUAUAAUAAACACAUCCAAGAAAAUUGAAAAACAUGUGAAUGAGUCAAUGAAAUUGGACCUCAAUGAACUUAAUUUCAAGCCUUGGUGUGAAAUACUAUCUCAAGAUGCCAUAUCAGCUAUCAAUCGUGCUAAAACUCAAGGAUGUAAAGAAGAAAUAGCUAAUGUCACGUGCCUUAUCAAAGCAGGAAAGAUGUACCCUAUACAACUACCAAGAUACUGUCCAGUUGAUGGUGGAAAAAAUGCAAAGUAUCUUGGUUGUUUUAAGGAUGCAAAAGAAAAACGUAUUCUCUCAAGAACACUCACCAAACUUCCCCAUAACACUCCAACAUUGUGUGUAAAGAAGUGCUUCCAAACAGGUUUACAAUUUGCAGGAGUACAAUACAGUUUAGAGUGUUUAUGUGGAAGUGAACCACCUCCUGAAAACUUGAAAAUUGAUGAAUCUCGCUGUGAUAUGGCAUGUCCAAAAAAUACAACACUUGCAUGUGGAGGAUAUUUAACAAUGAAUGUAUAUAGCACUGGUCUGCCAAAGAUUCCAAAAAAUGAAGCAUUGCCAGCAGUAGAUACACAGAAACAGGACCCAGUCACUAUUGUCUUCCUGCUCACAGUGAAUGGUCGAGCUGUCCGUCAAGUCCAUCGCCUUAUCAAAGCCUUGUACCAUAAACGGCAUUAUUUUUUUAUUCAUGUAGAUUCUCGUCAAGAUUACCUUUUCCGGGAACUUUUGCCUCUGGAGAAGAAGUUUCACAACAUCCGUCUGUCUCGUUGGAGGCUUUCUACAAUCUGGGGAGGAGCGAGCUUGCUUAAAAUGCUUCUUCAUUGUAGAUCUUUAUCGCAAUUGGAAGGUUUCCUAACUGCCAACAAGGGAAAGAAUUUUGUCAAGUCCCAUGGUCAAGGUACUAAAAGAUUUAUUGCAAAACAGGGCUUAGAUAAAACAUUUUAUGAGUGUGAUACGCACAUGUGGAGAAUAGGAGAACGUACGCUACCUUGGGGUAUACGAAUAGAUGGUGGAAGUGACUGGGUUGCCUUAAGUAGGGAAUUUUCUUCUUAUGUGGUAAAGGAAAACAACGAGCUUUUGGUUGGAUUGAAGACAGUCUUCAGCUACACUCUUCUUCCUGCAGAAUCUUUUUUCCACACAGUACUUCAGAACAGUGAAUUUUGUGAAAGCAUCAUAGAUAAUAACCUUCAUGUUACUAACUGGAAACGAAAACAGGGAUGCAAGUGUCAAUAUCGACAUGUUGUGGACUGGUGUGGAUGUUCACCAAAUGAUUUUAAGACUGAUGACUGGCCAAGAAUUCAAGUAGGCGACAGAAAACCGUCCUUUUUUGGUCGAAAAUUUGAGCCUAUAAUUAAUCAACAGAUAAUUGAACAAGUGGAAAGAUGGAUUAAAGGACCAAGAGAAAUUGUUUCACCAGGAAUAAGUUUCUACUGGCAGAAUGAGUAUCAUCAAAAAGAUAAAUCACCACCUCCUGAUGAUGCAAAAAUAUCCCUCUAUCAAAGUCUUGCCAGACUAGCGUGCCGACAAUUAGGUGAUGCCGUUAAACCUUGCAGUGUAAUACCACUGGAAGUUGAGGAAGCAAGCUUAUUCUUUGACAGUGAUGUGUACAAAGGGACAUUAGUUUUGUUUCGAGCUGCAGCUCGAGGUGUACCAAGUCCUGUACUUCUGGAGGUACAGGCUCGACCAAGACAGCACUAUAUUGUCCACAAGCCAGUCGGACCUACUGGAAGACUGAAGUUCCUUCAGGUGGGAACAGACUUUGACUUGAAAGAACAAGUAUUCAGAAACUUUGGUCGAAUAAUUGGACCUUUUUCUGAACCAGCAGCUCUUCACAAGUGGGGUCCAGGUAAGGAGUUUUCAGCAACGUUUGUAUGGAUGGACCCUAUCAAAACUGUGGCAGGCUCAUACGAAGUGAAAGUGGAGAUUGGGAAUCAGGUGCUGCAUCAUAAGCCUGUGUUUAAACAGCCUCUUCGACCAGGUAUUUGGACACUUCUUUUGAUGUACAAUUGGGUUCUGGUAGCUGAAACACAUUUUUUGGUGAUCCCUCUGUCAGUAUAUAACACCCAGAAAGUAGAUGAGAUGAAAACUCAACUGAUUCACAGUGGUCCUGUAAAACAACCAUACGUUGAUCAUGAUUUUAGUAAUGUAGAAGCCCUUUUGAAGUAUGCCAACAGAAGUUUACUUUUACAACAAGCAGUUCUUAAUUCCCAGAAGACUGGGAAAGACUUGAAUGAGUGGAUUGAUGGCUUGACCACACAGUUCUGGACAGUUCAAGAUAUAUGUUUUGUCUCCAUACCUAAGCACCCUUCAGGAGGUGCUUUGUGCUCAUCACUAGACAUCGAUCCUUGUCAGCUAACCAUAUGGAGUUCUAAGUCACCAGAUCCAAAGUCAGAAAUGAACUCUGUAUUCCAAGAAUCUCAAGUACAGAGGUAGUAACAACUAGUCAUUAUUGGCAUUAUAUAAAAAAAUCAAGUUACUGCAAAACGUGUAAAUAAUAAUUUAAAAACAAGGUUGUUUUGCUGAUUUGACUGUAGAAAGUUAAACAAAAAAAAUGUAUCAGAAUACUUAUCUUAAUUAGUAAAAAAAGCUAUUAUUUCCUAUAAUAUUACUGUAAUUUGUUUUUGUUUAGCAUAUGGAAGGAUCUACAGUUGUUGAAACUAUCAAUCUACUAUCUAGUAAUUUAGUGUAAUUCACCUGAGCAUGAAUUCAAGAUGAGAGAAACACUGAAGUAGAAAACUUCUAGUUUUCGUGUUUAAUUGUGGCCAUUAAUUUGUAAAUUUUAUAGUUUCAUAUUAUUUUUAAAUAACAUUAAAAGUGCCAAGUAUCUUUUUUUUUAUAAAGGUUAAAAUUAUUUUAAAAGAUUACUUAAAUAAUAUUCAUAAAACAAGAAGUGAUACAGCAGUUCUCAGUUGAAAACCACUGAGAAGUGAUAUGUAAUUCAUUUUUUUUUGCAUGUAGGAUGAAGUUAAUAUGUUGUAUAAUGAAUUUGUUUCAAUUUACAGAAGUGUGACUUAGUAAUGGAAGUAUAUGGGCAAAGUGUUGAUGGAAUGUUUCUGUAUUGAACAGAAAUUUGUCAUUUUACGAUGUAAGAAAGACUAACUAUAGGGGUUAAUAUUCUAGUAUAACAAAACUGCUUCAGCGAGUUAAAAUCCUGAAGUGAUGUAAUCUUAAAAAAUUGUGUCUAAAUGUUGAAAAUGUUCAUGCACUUUGUUGGUGAAAAAUAUGCUGCUUUGAUUUUAAUAGCAUGUGAUGAAGUCAUGCUAAAUUUUUGUUUUUUUAUAUCAAGAUUUAUUUGGCAUGGUACUUAUAUUCUAGUGGUUUUGAAAAUAUUACACUAUAUAUUUUUUAUUUUUUUUUGUUUCUCCAAACUCAAACUUACAUAAUCAAGUACUAUAGUUUUAGUUUGAUUUUUCACUUUUACUGAAGGCUUUCAGUUGUUAACUGUAUUGCUUUUAAUGAUGUUUCAAGCAUGUUUUUGUUUGUAGUUGGAGGAAACUCUCUUACUAAGUAAAUUUUGAAAAUGUAGUUUUUGUCUCUGUGUUCAGAAUUAUUUGUUUUUGAAAAAAAUUUACCCAGAUUUUGAACAAAUGCUUAGAAAAUACUAAAAGAAAUUAUUUUUCAUACAAGUGAAAAAAAUUGUAGUUUGAAAUUAGAGAAAUAAAUGAAGUGGAGCUCAUUUACAUCCAUUACAUGGGAGUGUAAAAUGUAAAACCAAAAGCUAUUAAACCUCCUUGUCUUUUUUUUU